GAUCUGCCUGAUGUAUGUUCCUCCUGCAAUCUUCUGCAUACUCUAAUUAAAAAAAUUUCCCAAUUAAGGGCAGAUAAUUGAAUUUUUGGGAGUGGUUUCAGCCAGCUCCAGUCUCUAGUGCUUUUACAAUUCUGAGAUAUCUCUUUGCUGGUUAUGGCCUGUUAUUUCACCCCAAACCUAUAGGGCGCAUCAAGAGCCAACUUCUCAGGCAUAAAAUCAUAUUCUAUAGCAUAUCGGGGAAAUAAAAUCCCAGGUAUUUCAACCACUUUCAGACGCUUCGGCAUAUUCUGCAAAGUGCAGUUCCUAGCAACUGCAUCGCAGGCAUAAAACCCCUACUUAAAACACAAGAAAUAGGACCAAAACCACCGGUACGGAUAUCAUGUUAAUGCAAGUUUAUCCAAAGAAGGAAGUGUACUUGUCAGAAAAUCCCUGCCUAGCUCAUGAACCUAGCCAGAACCUCAAGCUGGAGACAAGGAUUCGAUUUUCGGUCCAAGCAUCACGACCCAACUCACAAUUUUGUUGUCCCUCGAUUUCAUAGCCUCAUUUGCUUAUUGAAAUUAUGCAAACGAACUUCUGAAAUCUCUCAAGUUCAUGGCUUUAUGAUAAAAACUGGUAUAGACCAGGACCCUUUUGCUACAAGCAAGCUUCUUGCAUCUUCAAUACAAGAUUUAAAAUAUGCAGCCUCAAUUUUUAACCAUACUCAAAACCCAAAUCUCUUUAUGUACAAUACUCUGCUUAGAGGCUUUUCUAUUGGGGAUAACCCGAAACAAGCUUUUGCGGUUUUCAAGAACUUGAGGGCUCAAAGGAUUGAACUUGAUCAGUUCUCUUUCAUUACAAUUCUUAAAGCUUCUGCACGUGAAUUGGCUGUUAAGGCUGGUCAAGGGAUCCAUGGAAUUGUCGCAAGAUCUGGGUAUUUGAUGUUUGUCAAUGUCAAAAAUACCCUCUUGCACUUAUAUAGUGUUUGUGGCCUUAUUGGGGAUGCACAGAAGUUGUUUGAUGAAUUUUCUCAAUUGAAUGAUUUGGUUUCUUGGAAUGCUUUAAUGGGUGCUUAUUUACAUGUAUCUCAGCCCGCUAUGACAAUAGAAGUGUAUGGGCAUAUGUUUAGGUAUGGUUUUAUAAUGAGUGUUGCCACAUCGUUGAGCGUCUUGUCUGCUUUUGCUGAUUUAGGAGACCCAACUGGGGGAGAGACAAUUCAUGCGUGUUGCAUCAAGAUUGGCUUUUGUUCAAAUCUAAAUGUAGUCACUGCUUUGAUUGAAAUGUAUGCAAAAACAGGAGGUAUUGAUUCAGGACGUAGAAUUUUCGAUGGUAUUGUUGAAAAGGAUGUUAUUCUAUGGAAUUGUAUGAUUGACAAGUAUGCAAAGGUUGGGCUGCUAGAACAGGCUAUAGCUCUACUGCAGCUCAUGAAACUUGAAGGAGUGAGAGCAAAUUCUUCUUCGCUGGCAGGGCUGCUUGCAGCUUGCGCUGCCUCUGGAUCAAUAAAACUAGGCUGGCGUCUCAGUGAUUAUGUAGAAGCGGAAGAAUUGGAGGUGGAUGCGGUUCUUGGUACGGCUUUGGUUGAUAUGUUUGGUAAAUGUGGGUUUUUGGACAAGGCUAUUCAAGUUUUUGAGAGGAUGGAGAGCAAAGAUGUAAAAUCUUGGACGGCAAUGAUUUUAGGUUACGGAGUUCAUGGGCAAGCAAGAAAUGCUGUUGCUCUCUUCUAUAGGAUGGAGAAGGAGGGAUUUAUACCGAAUGAAGUUACUUUCUUGGGAGUUUUAAGUGCUUGCAGCCAUGGUGGCUUGGUGGUAGAAGCAAUGAAAUGUUUUGAGAGAAUGGUUCAGGUAUAUGGCAUUUCACCAAAGAUUGAACACUAUGGAUGCAUGAUUGAUCUUUUAGGCCGUUUAGGCUUGCUAGAGGAAGCACAUGAUUUAAUCAAAAGAUUGCCCAUUAGGAGUGAUGCCACUGCUUGGCGUGCAUUACUCGCAGCAUGCCGAGUCUAUGGAAACGUUGAAUUAGGGGAAUAUGCAAAUAGAGUAUUGGUUGAAAUAGACGAUCAGCAUCCUACUGAUUCAAUUCUUCUUUCCAAUACUUAUGCAAUUGCUGGAAGGUCGACAGAUCAUAGCAGGUGGCGGGAAGGUGAAGAAGAAAGGAUAUGUGCAAACAAUGGAAAUAGAUCAGUUGGAAAGACGGGAAGGACUAUGAAGGAAACUGGACGCAGCUCAAUUGAUAUUGAUAGUUACUGGUUGGAGCAUAGCUGGGACAAAAAUGUUCUCGGACAAAGGCUUUUCUUGUACACUAAAUGUGUGAACUGGCUACCAUAACCAAGAUCAAUUCUUGUCAUAAGUCAGAUCAACUUGUCGAUCUGAUAUUACAUAAUUGACAUGUCAAAUUUUAUGAGUUAAUUAAUGUAAUUAAACAAAAUGAUUCAUUCUUAUGCAUUCUAUUUAGUACUUCA